GCUAACAUUGUCUCUAUCAAAGAAGCUGUAGGAGUCGAGGAACUGACAUGUUUAAAACUACUCCUUUGAUCCAAAGUGAAAAAAAUUGAACUUAACAAGAACAAAACAAUAACAAUGGCAGAAUUUCCAGGUUAUAAGGAGACUUCAAAUCGCCACCUUCGAUUCAAAUUACAGAGUCUUAGCCGUCGUCUUGAUGAAUUGGAAGAAGCAACAAAAAACCUCCAGAAAGCGGAGGAUGAGCUUCUUGACCUCCAGGACAAAGUUAUCCAGGCAGAAGGCAGCAAUUCUAGCAUGCUGGCUGAUGUAGAAGCCCUAAGAAAGAGAGUGCUGAAAAUUGAAGGCAAGGAUGAAGAAAUAAAAAAAGCCGAAGAGCUCUGUCAGUUGAUGAAGGAAAAACUGGAGGAGGAGGAAAGUCUUACCCGAGAACUUAAAUCGGAAAUUGAGCGGCUUCAGAAGCGAAUGGCAGAACUGGAAAAACUGGAGGAAGCUUUUGGCAGAAGCAAGAAUGAUUGUACUCAGCUGUGUCUGAGCCUUAAUGAAGAAAAAAAUUUGACCAAAAAAAUUUCUACAGAAUUGGAAAUACUUAGGAUGAAAGUAAAAGAACUUGAGGCAUCUGAAGACAGAUUGGAUAAAACUGAACAUAGUUUACUAAGUGAGUUAGAAAAACUGAAAUCUUUAACAUUGAGCUUUGCUAGUGAAAGAAAACACUUUAAUGAAAGAGAAAAGCAGAAUGAAAAAUUAAUCCAGGAGCUAACACAAAAACUAGAACUAAACAACAAACUAAACAGAGCAGAUCAAACUAGAAAUGCAUCAAACCUGCUAGAAAGAUCCUCAAAUAAUCUUGUGGAUAGAAAUGACCUGAGAAUUGAAGAUGACUUGACCUCUGCAUUGCCUUCUAAAGAAGAUGGAAGAAAGGGAAGGUUGGAUUACCUAAAACAUGUAGAAAAUGAAACCAGAAAUAAAUCAGAAAAUCAAAAGAAUAAAAAUCAAGAAGACAAUAAAGUGAAAGAUCUUAACCAAGAAAUUGAAAAACUUAAAACUCAAAUUAAGCAUUUUGAAUCUUUAGAAGAAGAACUUAAAAAAAUGAAAGCCAAAAAUAAUGACUUACAAGAUAGUUAUUUGAGUGAACAAAAUAAAAACAAGCUUCUAGUUGGUCAGUUGGAAGAAAUUAAAAUUCAAAUAAAAAAACAAAAGGAUAUGGAGAAUGGUGAGGUGGAAAGUGAAGAAAUGAACUUUCCCAGCAGAGUUAGACAUGAUAGACAUAAAUACAGGGGUAUCACAGCAGAGCCACCAAUUUCAAAACACAAGACCCGGGAGCUUUCACCGCAGCAUAAACGGGAACGAAUACGGAACAGAGAGUUCUCUUCUAAUAAUGACCAUUAUGCCACAAGCAACAAGCAAGUUCCAAGUCCAAUAUUAAUUACUAGAAGAACAGCAAAGGCAUCUAGUACAUCUGCUUUACUAGAUACUGUGGUUACUGAUAUAAAAAGAAUGGAAGACAAAUCAGCAGUUGCUACAUAUUUAUCUAUACAGAAAGACAGUGGUGCACCACAAAAUGAAGUGAAGAAAUUGAGAGAGCAGCCAUCUGUGCUUAGUCGAUACCCACCAGCUGCACAUGAACAUAAAUCUUGGAAAGCAUCUUCCAGACCUGGAAAUGAAAGUGGACUGAAGGCCAAGGUUGAAAAGCCAUCUCAAACACUUAGUCAAGGUAACUCUGAUGCACUUGAUGAAAAAUCAAGCAAAGGGCAAGUGACUUCAUCUUUGACUGAAAAGAUGAAAACAAGCCAAGCAGAGGUGUCUGAUCUAUGUGUAGAGAUACCCUUUAUGAAAAGUAAUCAUGCACUAUCCAAUGAAACAGCUUUGUCAUGUAGAUACCAUAUGCCAUCUGCAAUGUUAGCAGCUGAAUCCACUAGCUGUAAAGUAGAAACAGCAACAGUCUCUGUUUUAUCUCCCAGACAGUCCCCAGAAGAGAAAUCUAAAAGAACAAUAAACUCUCAAGAAAGAGAAUGUAUAGAUAGUUUUCACGAAAAUACAAAGCCUCCAACUUUAUUGAAGUAUUCAAACAGGUCAAGAAGUCAAGAAGACAUCUUACAAAUUCUCACAAAUCAAGAUAAGGAAGAAAUGGAUCAAUCUGCACCAUCAGUUACAGGUCAGACAAAUGUUGGCAUAAAAUCUGACUCUUUGAGAUCCAAAGCCAUCAAACCAGUUAGCCAUGACAAAUUUAGCACAGAUGAGGAGAUGGGUAAAUGUAGCAAUGCUGCUGCCGAGCCAGAGCUGGAGAUGAGAAAGAAACCCAGCUCCAGAGGCGUUCUCAGAGCAGCUCUCUUAGAAAAUGAUAAAAAUACUGGAAAUGAAGAUGACCCCCCCAAGUCCAUAAAGACCUCAUCAGAUGUAAACAAUGUUGGAUUGAAACCCAAAAGGUCGUUCAGUCCUAGAGAAGCUCUGAGAUCAAAAGCCAUCAUUAAACCUGUAAUAAUUGAAAAGGACAUGAAAGAAGUAAUGGGAGGGGCUGGGUCUGAAGAAUACACUCAGAAACAGAAAUCUGUGUUUAAAACUGUGACUAGUAAAAUGACAAGCAGCAUAACAAUCUUCCCCUCUGAGCCAGCCAGCACAAGGGCCAAUACAAAUGAAGCAGCAAAGGAAAAACAUACUUCUACCAGCAAUAUUCGAGUCACUCCAAAUGAAUUGUCAUCUGUAACAAAUAGCAUCAGCUCACCCUUUGAGAUCUCAAUUAAUAAGAGUGAUAUUGCUCUGAAAUUAUCUGAGACCGAUAAAACUGGGGACUCAGCUCUGAGAAACAGGACAGAAACAUUAAUCUCAAGAAGCAGUAUUACAAUAAAACCUUCUGAACCCACUGAGAAGAACAAUUGUGAGCCAUCCUUAGAGACAAUCAGCUGGAAAAGCCACGGGCCUUUAGAAGCAGAUUCCCCAGAGACAAAACACAUCACUCUGAGAAGUUCUUGGAGGACAAGGCGGGGGUUACAAUCUUUGGAGGACUCUCAGGUCAAAGUGGAAAAAAAUACAGCUUCCACUCGUGCAAACACAAGCAAGUCAUCUACAGACCUCUCUGAAAUGGAAGGGGCCAAUGCAAGAAUAAGUUUACUUGAGCAGAAUUCAAGACGGUCCAGAGCCACUAUUAAUUCUUGGAAUGCCCCUGAACUAGAAUUCAGAAGGACCCAAAGUAGCUUAAGUGCAUCUGAAUUAUCUGCUCGAAGGAGCUACAUCCACGAUCCCAUCACUGCUUCUACUUGGAACCGCACGAUAUUACCAGAAGAAAGCAAAGAGUUUGUUCCCAGUUCCAGAAGAAAACAAUAUGGGUCUUCUGAGCAUCUGUUCCAGGCUGAGACUCCAGGGAAAAGGCCAGUGUUGCAGAUGGAGCUGCAGCAGGGCCCUGAGGCCAGCCCCCAUGCAUAUCUGGGCAGCAAGACAGAGGACCAGGGUAUUUCCCGCUCCACCCGGAUGACCUCUAGGAGAUGAACUUCUUUCCUUUCACCAAAUGAACACUCCAUUUCAAGGGGCAAGAACCAAGGAUGUUUCCAGCUUCAUGGGAGUCAUUCCUGCCUUGUAAAUGCAAUGAAGCCUUCUGCUAGCCUGAAGUCUGUUUUCUGAUGCGAUUUGUGUGGGACAGAAGAUGAACCAGAACAUUUUCCUUCUCUGCCAGAAGUCUGCAGAGACGUCUCUCAGGGGAGCCCCACUUCUCAUCUCUGGACUGAGACUGGAUCUGUCUCCUCAGAAAUUUAGGUCUGUGUCAGCAUGGAAACCCCUCUGUGUCCAUGGCCGCUGCUUCUACAGCCUGCUGUAAUAAUGGCAGUACAAAAACGUACCCUCCAUUAACCACUGUAAUUUAUAAAGAACUCUAGAGCUACCCCAAUGAACACAAUGCAAUCGAUUCUCACAGCUGCCCCGUACAUCUGGAUUUUCAAAAGGAACCACGUCGUUCCACGUCUGAAAGUUUUCAGUGUCACGAUGAGAAUUUGCAUUAUUCUUCAUCUGCUGCUUUGUAGUGCUCAGCAAACACCCCUUGCACCAGGAAAGCACAUGAGUUCCCAGAUUUUUUUUUGACCAUGUCAGAGGAACACACUACCCCAACAGAACAUUGCUUAGGUUCUUCCCCAGCAGUCCUGCCACAGUCAUGCCAGGCCAUCUUACUCCUCCUGGGCCAAGCAAAACAGCAGUGAACCUUCACUGAGCUUGGACCUGGCUGCUUUCCAGCCAGAGCUCCAGGCUCCAUUGGCCCCAACCCUCCCAGCCUCACUGCCAUGCACUAAGGGCCAUGAAGAGAGCUUUGCACUCUGCCCUCGAAGGCAGAACCCUCGUCUCCAAAAAGGGCUUCUGGGAGGGAGCACAAAUGUGCAUUGAGCAAAUCUGGGAUGCUUUGCUCAAACCAUUCUCCAGCCCUGCAAGAGACAGCCAGUACCCUUCCCUGUCUGCCUUCUGGCCAGGGGCUGUUCCACCUCCUCCCAGUAUCCUCUGGCCAGGGGCUGUUCCACCUCCUCCCACUAUCCUCUGGCCAGGGGCUGUUCCUGAAUCUCCCUGUCAUGCAUCGGGACGAGGUUGUUGCCUUUACCUUUGUGUCCUGCCUCUGGCUAGGCUGGGAGCCAUUGCACUCUAGCUGGGACCCUGUUAUAAUUGAACACUGUAGACAUGUUUUUAAGGUUAACGUUCCCCCAGCGGGGAGAGGGGAAGGGGACAGAAGCAGACUCCGUUGCACUGUCAGUGGGGGACGGGAGUGGCACUGCAUGGCUCCCAGCCCAGUCUUUGUGUGGCAGGGGGAGAUGCUACAUGGCUCCCACCCUGGUCAGUGGGGCAGGGGUGGUGGUGCAUGGCAUGGCCAAGGGAUGGGGUGCUCUGCUCCCAGAACACAACUCUCACUAAAUGACAUCUCAGAGCUUCCCUGGGAAACUGUUGGCUUCUGAGGAGCAGUUUGCAUCUGAGAACGAGUCUGUAUUGCUGCAGGGGGGACUGGCCCAUCAGGGGGGCUCAGGCCCUGAGGUCUGCUUGAUGCUGUCCCUCUCGCCUCAUGUAGCUGGGGCCCCUGCUUCAGCCUCUCUACCUCCCAGCACCUGCUGGGGCAAAGGGAAUCCUGCAGGCAAUUUAGCCUGAGCUUUGAGGCAACUGCAGGAGACUCUGUGCCUUCCAUUGCUAGGAUGUCCUUGCUAUAAGUGUUUCCUCCCCCUUGCAGCCACUGCCCCUGAAAGGGAAGGAGGCUGGAACCCAGUUUCGUUGGCAAUGCUCAUGCUCUGCACACCUGCCAUGCCCCACUGCAGCUGGACACAGAGAUGCUCUGAACACAGGGACCCCCAUUCCUAGUGUGCUCCACUGGAGGCAGUAGGACAGAGCUCCCCAGGCCAGCUGGCUGGACUUACAGCACAACCCCAUCUGGUGUGGCUGAUUUCCUUCUCUUGGGCAGGGUGAUUGCACCUGUGUGUGAGCGUGACUCUCAGCACUGCAUAAGGCUUCCUUCCUAUCCUUACAAUAGAAUAUUUCUUCCUGUUCGCGGCUUCCGCCCUUCGCUUGCCAAGAUUCAUGGCUACAGUUUCCCACAGCUCUGAUCCUAAAUCCCUGCUAGUCUGUGGGCCAUGUCAUUUGUGGUACCUUGGGGAAUGGCUCCCAGGGCACCUGCCAUGAGUAAACCCCCCCUGUUAAAGCAGCUGCCAUUGGGCCUCUGUCCCAGCCUAGGCCAGGCUUGCUGCUGGCUGAGCUUGCCCCCGUGGGGAGAGGCAGGGAGCUCCUUCAGCCUUGUUGUGCUUACAGGGAACUUAAGCCAUUCCCACAGCCAGCCAGGGAUGUUAGCUUGCUGCAGCUCGGCCCAGGCUUGUCAAAGGUGUCUGUGCUGUGGCUGUUCCUGAAUACACCCCUCCUCAGCAUCUUCCAGGGUCACAGACUCAGCUCAGGCUCUGUGGGUCCUUCCGAACCGUUCUUUAGUCCCUGUCUCAGCUGAGCACUUGGCUGCUGCAGGCACAGUCCAAGAUGUUCACUGAAACCUUACUGGGGCAGCUGGGAGGACAUCAAAUGCCAGUCCCUGCCAUGUACUCCAGCCCUCACAGCCUCCCUCUCAGAGAUGUUGUGCAGCAAAAAAUUGUAUUUGCAGGGGACUGGACUUGAUGACCUCUCAAGGUCCCUUCCCAUUCUACGAUUCUAGUCUGGCUUUUCUCUAAUGACGCUCCUAAGCAUGUGCAUACAUUUCAGCCCACUGACUUCAGAAGGAGAGUACCUCACGUGCAUAGGUAACGAACUGGCUAAGGGCCCUGGGAAAACCCAGCCAUCAGAGUCUGCAAUGAUCUCAGGCCAGAGCUUACAGCCCCUCUGUCCUAUGCUGUGGAACAUGGCCCAUCAUGCCAGCUCCCCUCAGUCUGCACAGAGUCUGGGUGGGAGGCUCCGUGUUGCUGAGGCAGAGCUCUCACAGAGGAGGUGUUGCCAUCCAUGUCACUGAGCAGAAAUGGGCCAUGCUCAAAUAAGGUGCGUCUACACUGCAAAGCUAUUUCGGGAUAUCAGAGUAUCCCAAAAUAGCUAGUCCGCGUCUUCACAGCAAGCUCGUUAUUUUUGGCUCGCUCUUCUGACAUCCCUGUUAAACCUCAUUCUAGGAGGAUAAAGGGACAUUUUGGAAUAGCGCUUUAUUUUGAAAUAGCAUCAAAAUAAGAUACACAAUUUGAGUAGCUCAAAUCUUAUUUCGAGUUACGGUGCAGUGUAGACACAGUCUUAGAGGCAUUCAUCCAGGGCUAGGCAUUGUGCCAUUCCUCCAUCUGCCUGCAAACAGUAACACCCCAUUUGGGCAGCCGUAAACCUCAAGCCCCAAACCUCACCUGCCCCCAACCAUAUUUCUGACAUUCAAAAGUAAAACCAGUUAAGUCAAAUGCAACCACUGCCCCUUCCCUCUAACCCCCUCAUCCCCAAGGCUGAGGGUGACCACAGAGAGCCGCCUUGCUAUCACCAAUGGUGUUUGCUCCUGUCAAAGCUUGUCUGCACCCAGCAUGAGCAGCAUUUCAACAGUGGACCAGGUGCACUGGAGUGCCCAGCGCCACUUCUCUCCACAGCAGUGUCCUGUGAAAGUCAGACAUUGUGGGGCCUGGAGAGCUCAGGCAGGAACUUGGCUUCAGCUGCUCUGGCCGGUAGUUUGGACUAUUCAUUCACUGUUUCAAGGCAUAUUUGGAUUCCUGUUUUUGAAAAGAAACAACCUCACUACCAUUUCCCUGGCUGUAAAUAAUGAAUGUAAAUGUCAGUAACUGUAGGUUGUGGUUUAUCUUAACACAUCUGAGAUUAACAGAGAAAUCCUCAUUGAAACCUAGUGGGGAAAUAUCCCCAAAAUCUGAGUGCAAUAGGAGCUGAUUGUAUUAUUAAACUGAUAGUAUUGAUUUCAGGAAACAUAUUUUACUCAAGUUGCACACUUUUGAGAACAGCUGUAACAUAGAGAACCUAUUUGUAAAUAUUGUCAGCACUGGGGAAAUGGUGUUUGUAAUUGUAGCAUAUGAAUAUGGGGGUUUCCAUGGACUUGCUAAUGCUGAAAAUGUGAAUCAGACAUUCAGAGAAUUCCAAAGUUGUAACUGUACCUGCUGCCUGUGAGAGUGUGUAACUGUUGCUCUCUUCUCCCAAGAAACACUUAGAGAAAUCCAACCCUCAUCUGCAGAUCACACCUGCUAUCCGGGAAGGAGGUUUUAGCAAAACUGGUACUGAUGGAGAGGGUGUUCACACUGCCACAAGUAGCCUCAGGCCUGCUUCAGGCAUCUGCUGGCCUAAGUGGUUUGAGUUGCUCCCUUCAGCUUCCCUCGUGUGUGGAAAUGAAACUGCAGCCAGCCCUGGGGAUGAAUUGAGCCCUAAAGUGGCCCUGGAAAUUCUGGAGUCUCAGUUCCUGAUGUAUAUUGUCUCAGUCCUUCAGGGCUGGGACUGGCCUGCUUGCUAGACAUGACCGGAGGACAAGGGAAGAGGGUUCAGGUGGCUCCUAAAGACUUUACACAGCGUGAACAACUCAUUACACCGGUGCCCACCUUUAAGAGAACCAGCCACCCAUCCCACCGGUGGCAUAAAGAACCUGCACGGGGCAAAUGGGGAAGAGUGAGGUGGCUGCUGUCUAGGGCAUACCGCACAAUGGAUGGGUCUCCAGCAUGCAGCACGAUCAUCUAUCUGCACAGGGGAGGCACCUUGGCCUUCCUGCCAUUCACUACCUGAGCACUCCAGCCAGUGUGGACUGAAUUUUUAAGAGACAUUUUUUUGUAUUUGCAGAUGUUUGAUUGGGGAACUGAGUCCAGUCGUGGUGUUACAGGCAGAUAGGAAACCAGGUCUCUCUUCCUUUUCCCAUAUUCCUGCUAAGUUACAUGAGUCCAGUUCAAGUUAAUUCUUUUCUCAGGCUCUAGCGUUCAGCUCCCCUCUACUCCAAAUGGACCAAGAAAACUACCAAUGCUGUAGUGACUCUUACAAAACUCCCCAUACCAGCAUGUUCAGUAGGGGAAAGCCUGUUCCUUCCUCUCUACCCUGCUUAAAGAUGGUCCUUAUCUCUUACCAGUUAUAUCACUCUUCUAAUCUGCAUGCCAAGUUUAAACAAAGUUUAUCUGCAUGUAUCUCCACGACCAGAUAACCGUCUCCAUACUGUGCAGUGGCUCUGCCUCCAAGCCUUUUGACAUCCAACUGGCGUAAAACAAGGCUGUGCAAUGGCACGUGCCCUUUGCUCCUUUUUCUUAGCUAUGGAAACAAUCCAAGUCUCUACCACAGGGCAUUGGCAUCUAAUAUCGAACAGAUGGGCAGCCUCUUCAGCCUUUCUCAUCUCUAUGCCAGAACUAAAGUGAUAACCGAAUUCUAGUACACAGAUGAUUGUGCUGUUGUUGCCACUCAAAGGAGGAUCUUCAAAGAGCCCUUCAUUGCUUCUCGGAAGCUUACAAAAGCCUAUGGCUAACUCCGAUUUACAUUGGCAAAACAAAAGUUCUCCCCCAGCCAGUUACUGGUGAAAUCAUCGAACCCAGCAAGGGAGAGCUACUCUGACAAAGAAAAACAGGCACCAUAUUCUCCAUUUUCCAAUCUUGGCAGCCACCUCUCUCAGAGGACAGACAGACGUUAAGAUUCAGCCCGGAAUCUGCUGCACCUGCCAUGUCUUUAGCAGACUCUCUUACCAGGGGUUCAACAAUCACAGUCUCAGAACACACACUGGACUUUUCAUCUCUAAAGUAGUUGUACUCCCAGCAGCUCACCUCUAAGGCUAUGAAACGUGGGUGACUCAUAGGAAACACCCCGAAGGCAGCACCAGCACUUCCUCCGAAAGAUCCUCAACAAGUGGGAGGAUCAUCACACUAAUGUCAAUGUCCUCACAGAAGCCAACAUCUUCAGUGCUGAGGCCCUGAUUAUCCAGCACCUGCUGAGGUGGAGCGGGCACGAUGUGUGCAUGCCUGAGAGACGCUUACCAAAAACCUGCUGUACGCCAAACUCCCCAAAGCAGACAGGAAAUGGAGAGGUCAAAAGAAAUGCUUUAAAGACACCCUCAAGAUAAACAACAAGAGAUGUAGCACCGACACUUCACACUGGGAUAUAGCAGCCCAGGAUUGGGAGAACUGGCAAAGACUUGUCAGAGACGGAACAUCCACUUGAGGAAAACUGUCUUGUCCUGGCCACAGGAAAAUGCCAGGAAAGACAACUGUCACACAGCAGUUGUGGCUCAAUUCUGUCAACACCACCUGCAAAGUCUACCAACAAGCCUGUGACUCCAGCAUUUGGCUCCUCAGCCACCAAAGGACCUGUGAAAAAACCAGUAAAAUGGGUCAUAGAGGGAUCUCCAGUGAGGAUGGUUAAAGAUAGUGCUCACCUCCUAACAGUUGUAUCACUCUCCUAGUCUGCAUGCCAACAGUUUAUCUGCAUGUAUCUGCUGUCAGCUCUACAAUAUGUAAUCAAUAAAAUUAUCCCUUUAUACGUAUAAUUGGAAUAGAUGUGAUUUGGAGCUGUAGCGGUUCUCUUAUCCUCCCUGUUUGUGACUCUGAGAGUUUUUGGUUUCUCCACUUAUGGAGUUGACAUGACCUCACAUUGAUGCUCCUACAGCAAAAUCAAAUCAAAUUUAUUAACAUAUCCUCGUAGCUUGGGCUAUGAGGAUUAAGUAAAUGCAUAUGUAAUUUGCACAAAAUAAAUACAUGUUUUAAAAUCAACAGUACUCAAUAAAAUGGAGAAAUGAAAAUGAAAAACAUACAACAACCC